AAUUUUGGACGAUUUCCUUUGUUGGUUCUCAAAAAAUGUUGUUUCGUCUUCCAUAUUCUAUCCAUUAGUCCGAGUUUGGCAUCGUCAAGUCUUUUUCUUUUUGUUGCUUCCUGUGCUUCCUGUUUGAGCUUUUUCCUUCUUGAUCUUUGAGGGUUCCUAGGUGGGUCGUUUUCUUCUCUUCUUUUUGUUUUUGUGCAGUGCUGCAAAUUCUAGCACUCCAUGUCUAUGAUCACAUUAACAACAUCAACUAAUAGUAGCACAACCCUUAACAAUCCUGGUCUCGGUGAGGCUUCUUUUUCUUCUUACCUCAUGAACAAUUUCGAAGAAAAAUUUGUUCGUACAAUAUCGGAGUCAAACAAGAAGAUUACCAAGUUAGAGGAGCAUCGUGAUUACUUGGGGACGAAAAAAGAAGAAGAAGAUGGAGAAAUUGGGGUGUUUGGUGCUGAGAAGUAUUUCAAUGGAGUGAUUGCUGAGGGAACACCCAGAACACUCAGCAUGGAUUCUGCAAGGAAGCAUCACUAUUUCAAAGCUGAAGAGAUCGGAUUAGAUCCUAUGAAGCCGAAAUUCAUACCCUAUGGAACUCCAAGUGUUCGUUCUGAAUCGAGCUGGAACAGCCAGAGUGCUCUGCUGCGGAGUAUCAUAAGAGAUCCUUUGCGAAGGAAGACGAACAGGGUGCAGGGGAAGAGUUUUCUCUCCAGUAUCCGCUGCAAAUGCUAUUGUUCCGAUAAGGAUUCGGUUGAUGUCGAUGAACAGAUCGGGGAAAUCAGCUUCAAAACAAGUACUGGAAAGCAAAUUAAGAAUUUACCCCGGAUGAAAAACAGUUUCGACAACGGGAAACCAUUCUCCGAACCAUGGAUCAAGGACGAUCCUUUUACUUUCCCGACGGCAAAUUCUGGGGUUGGAAUCCUGCCUCUUAAAAUCCCAUUCCAAGACGAGGAUCGGAAAUCUCUGGAGGUUUUUGGCUCCCCGGUUCUGGGGAAGAGGAACAAGCUUCUAAACAUUGAGAAGAGGAUAAGAAUGCUUUCUUGGGAUGCAAAUCCGACCAUGGACGAGGCAGAAUUUUCAGCAACCUGCAGACUAAACUGCAAUGAUACAGAAAGCGACGCGAGUUCGGAUUUGUUCGAGAUAGAAAGCCUGACGGGAAAACUAACGAACCCCUUUCUUGCCCGGACAGUAUCUGACACCGCCACCUCCGGAUGCAUUUCACCACCGCAUUGUUAUGCUCCCAGUGAGGCCAGCAUAGAGUGGAGCGUCGUCACAGCCAGUGCGGCGGAUUACUCUGUGAUGUCAGACUCAGAAGAGCGAAGGUCAUCGGUAACAACUGCCACAAGUCCGGUCAGAACGUUUCCCCCUGCCUUGAAUGGGAAAACUGGAAAUAACAGAGAGAUGCAGAGGCGACGCUCAAAUAGCCUUUUGGGGUGCAAAAGCCAGAAAGCUCUAAGGGUCGCCGGCGAUGUAUACAGGUUGAAUGAGAAGGCAAAUUUUGACCCAAGAAUGGACCGGGGUUCGGACUCAUACAUGGCUGGAAAAACAAGAUUGCGAGCUGAAACUGAACUCUCAGGUUUUGAGUCCAGGCAGAGGAAACAGGUUCUGGCUGGUGCUGGUUCGCUGUCCCGAUCGCACUCGCCGCGUGCUCCACAGCUUUUUUUGAUUCAGUAGCUCGUGAUUUUAUUUGUUUGGAGCUUACCCUGGUUGUUCUUGUUAUACAAAUUUUAAUGAUCAAGAUCUAUGUCUGUACUACUGUCUUAAAUUUUAGAUGAACUCUUCUUUUUCAGUUUUUGGCUAUAUUGGUUCCUGGGAUUAAAUCACUUAUCUUAAC